AGAAAUGUGAAGUAAAGGCAUAUAUAAACCCCAACUCACCAUCAGGUUCUCUCUCCCAUUUACCUCAAUAGUAGCUCUUCCUUGCUGUUCCAAUGUAAGCAAGGAAAGGCUUUUUUACAGCGCUUUAUCCCAAAACGACGUAAAACCCUUUUCCCUAACUAAAACCCUCAAAAACCCUAAAAUCUUCUUCAACCUAAUCACCAAAUCUUUCAGGGGAAACCCUCGUUUCGCUUCAACCGUUUCAUUUCUGAGACGCCCAAGUCGUUAAUUGUUGAGAUUUAUGGUUUUUGCUCAUCUGGGCUUGGUUAUCUGCUUCAAUUUGUGUCAAGGAAAAUGUCUUUUUUGCUGAAGAGUGAUUCAGUUCACAUUAGGGAAGUUUGGAACGAUAAUCUUGAUGUGGAGUUUGAAUUGAUUCGGAAUAUCGUAGACGAUUACCCUUAUAUAGCUAUGGAUACAGAGUUUCCGGGUAUCAUUUUGCGUCCCUUGGGGACUUUCAAGAACACUUUUGAUUAUAAUUAUCAGACCCUUAAGUCCAAUGUAGACCUGUUGAAGUUGAUUCAGCUGGGUCUCACGUUUUCGGAUGAGAAUGGGAAGCUGCCCACCUGUGGAACUGACAAGUACUGUGUGUGGCAGUUCAAUUUCUGCGACUUUGAUUUUAAUGAGGAUAUGUAUGCUCUGGAUUCGAUUGAGUUAUUGUCCCACAGCGGAAUGGAUUUCACGAAGAACAAUGAGAAGGGUGUCGAUGCUCGUAAGUUCACUGAGCUGUUGAUGACCUCUGGCAUUGUGCUGAAUGAAAAUGUGGUUUGGGUGACAUUCCAUAGUGCAUAUGAUUUCGGCUACUUGCUCAAGCUGCUUACCUGCAAAGCCCUUCCAGAGUCGCAGACAGAGUUCUUUGAUGUGAUCAAUUUGUACUUCCCGACGAUUUAUGAUGUUAAGCAUCUGAUGAGGUUCUGCAACAGCCUUCAUGGUGGGUUGAACAAGCUGGCAGAGCUGUUAGAUGUGGAGAGAGUUGGCAUUUCUCACCAAGCUGGUUCUGAUAGUUUACUUACCAGUUCUACCUUCAUGAAAUUGAAAAAGAGUUUCUUUAGUGGGUCUCCUGAGAAAUAUGCUGGUGUUUUGUAUGGUCUUGGUAUUGAGGAUGGACAGGAUUCUCAUUAAAAAUGAAAAAAAAAAAAUAUAUUAAUAAAAAUAACUGAGUGUUGUUAGAAUACAAGUGCGUGCCUGUUGCAAUGAUUCUGUAUUCUCUUAUGUUA